AUGAGCUCAUCACAGUAUCGGCCUCCGGGUCCAGGAGAGCAGCUGCGUAGCACCGAACCUGGAGGCUUUCACACAGUGUUAGAGGAACAACUGCUCACACGUCUGCUGUCUGAGGCACAGGAUCAUUCCGAUCGCGUGAGCGAGGCCAGCCCGCCCAGUCCAUCCCUAUCAAGACACGACGUUGCAGGAGCAGUACAGACUGACGCUCUAAAAUCGAGUCCUGGGCAAUCCUUCAGUCCCGCUGCUGGCAUGGGAUCGCUACUUUUGACUACCGUUCUAGGAGAAUGGUCGAGUCGCCCCGAGGUUGGAGGAUAUUUUCCCCCUUCUGAACCACAUGAAAACGAAUGUAGUCCCUCGCCCGAGGUCAUAUCCGAUCCCUCCUGCACAUUGCAGAAGACCUGGUCCUUCAGGUCUUCUGCGUUCAUGAAAUCGCACAUUGUGGCUUGGAUUUUGGAUCAUAUUCCCAGUCUCCUGAGUCAUGCAGCCGCAUUCUUCCUGGGCACUGUCGUUUCCAUGUUGUUCCGCAAGCGGAAAAUGCUUCAGUUACCCUAG